AUGUCGUCGACAUUUAUCGGGCUCGAUGUCAAGCUCACGCUCCAUUCGCAGCCUGGCUCGACUCUUCAAGCCAAGAUUCUGUCCAUCGAUCAAGCCGCAAACACACUCACCGUCCAGAAGCAAGAUGGUUCUCCCGUCGUGCUCAAACGCUCUGACAUUGCAAGUCUUGCUGCUUGCAAACCUUCCCAGACUGGAUCCAAGUCCAACCCCAGCACUCCUUCUCGCUCUGAUGCAGCGACUCCUGUGACGCCACAGAGCAAACUAAAGAAGCACCAGCAGACCUUGGGUGCUGCUCCUUCAGCUGCACCUACAUCAGCACAAGCCACAGCAACAUCGUUCAAAGAUCCUGCCAUCAUUUCCAACUCUCGAACACGUGACUCUAGACUUUCUAGCGCAGAACAGCACGCUUCGAACCCGCUUCUGACAGCACUGUCAACCUCAGAUCCAACAGUCUCCCGUUCUUCUACGCCUUCUCGUUCACCUAGACCCAAUCAUGCUGCUCCUGCAGCCUCAACUCCCAAGUCUGCCAAAAAAAUGCAGCAUCAUGCUCCUAUCUCGCGCGGUAGUAGCCCAGCCAUGCCGAAUGCAUCUCUCACCGAAGAUUUUGACUUCAGCGCUGGCCUCAAAGCUUUCGACAAGAAAAAGAUCUGGGACGACAUUCGUGCUUCCGACCGCACGGAUCCUGCCUUCUUGCUCGUAUCUCACAACCGCAUAUCAAAUGGAGCAACAGAACUUGUACGUGGCCCAAAUGGUGUUGGACCGGCCAACUCGUUUUCGACACCGGAUCGUGGAAGAAGCUGUGUGAAGGAUGGACAGCAAAAGUUGCGCCCCAACGAAAUGGUUUGCACUCCUUCACCUGAGCGCGCGUCCUCUCCGCAACUGGCCGCGCCUUCUGUGGACAAGUCAGUCGAGACUCCAACUUCUGGUCCCAGAAAGCCCACCUACGAGCAGCUCGAAGAAAGAAUUAGGAAGCUUGAAGCUGAGCUGGCGCUAGCUAGAAGGCGCAAUCUGCUGCUCGAGGAACUGGCUGGCUUAGGUCUGGGUGUCUCCACUCGUGUCGAUGGUGUCUCGCCACCUGCAGCCGCUCCUGUUGCAUCGCCACCGCAUCAGCCCGAUACGAACGCAACUCAAUUCGCUGCUCAGCCGAGAGCUGCCCCUGCCGACUUGGCUAUCACAGAAACGGAACAGAGGGUCUCUGCUUUGACUCUGCGACCUGAAACUUCGGCUCUGCUUUCAACUCCAGCGACGUUCUCCAACGCACUUGCAGCGGCUAGCUUUGCUGUCUCGUCCGACAAUUUAUCAGCCCAGACCCUACCUGAUCCUGUUCCUACAACGUCAACCUCGGCACCAUCUGCGGUUGAGUCCAAAGAGGCAGAAGCUAAGAAAGAGCCAGUGUUUGGACACAUUGUCGACCCGCCCGUUCUCAUGUUGCUCUUCCCAACCGCUGCCCUUCAGCAUGCUGCACUCGCCCGCGUCGAAGCCUUCUACGAAUCCGACUCAAAUGCCAAACGCUACCUCAGCCUACAGGAAGCUGCCGACGAACGGAUCUGCCGCAACUAUCAGGGCUUCAACUUCCCACUCCGCCAAGGUGUGCAUGAAUGGCUCGAUGCCAUGUUCGAAGCUACCAACAGCAAUGCGGACUCGGCCAAAUGGUGGACACCCCACUGUUCUGCGGAGGAAAAUGAGCUUCUCGACGUCCUCAUUUCGCUCGGCGCAAUCUCACCUUAUGAAGGUGCUUCUUCUCGCAACGAUGGCGAAAGCGGGAGUGUGAGCUAUGUCAUCUCCUGCAUUGCAUCGCAAGCGUAUUCUACCCUGCCACAUGAACUUCUACAUGCGCUCUAUUUCCUCUCCCCGCCUUACAGAGCGUUCGUGAAGAGCCAGUGGGACUCGCUCUCCGCAGCCAACAAGAAAGUCAUCGAGACAGAUCUUGGUCUCCGCAAGUACUCGAGCUCCGUGUUUCAGGAUGAGUUCCAAGCGUACCUUGGCGAAGGUCUGGGCACGGAAAAGGAGUUUGGAAAUAAGCCCGCUUUGGAAUGCAAGGAGAUUGCCCAGCAGCUGAGAAAGCAGGCUACAAAGGAAUGGAAAAAGUUGGGCCUGAAUUUGGAAAGCGGUCAACAGCAGGAGAGGUGGGAAGAGGUGAAAUGGCAGACGUUGGAUCGGUAUGCCGCAUUGCAGAAGGCGAGUAAGAAGGCAGGCGGUGGACAGGCGAAGGGUAGCAAGGGAGGAAAGAACAGCAGGAAGUGA